AACAAACUAUCAUCUCUUGCGUCGACCAUCUGAAAAUUAGUGUAAUAAUUAAGACUGACAAGUGGCUAACUGGCUACAGAUACAAAAACAGUGCUUAUCUCCUACCAAACUCCGUCGGCAACCUUCGACUUCUCGGCUUCAGUCUUCACUUCUUGGGACCUUGCAGUAAUGGCGCUGAAAUCAUUUAUUCAAGUUCAUUCCGACUCGCAUUUCCCUAUCCAAAACCUUCCGUAUGGCGUUUUCAAGCCCCAACCAGGUGGAGAAGCUCGUCCCGGCGUUGCCAUCGGCGACUUUGUAUUGGAUCUCUCGGCGAUCGCUAAUGCUGGUCUCUUCGAUGGCCCGGUGCUCAAGAACUCUGAUUGCUUCGUUCAGCCUUCUCUAAACAAGUUUCUGGGGAUGGGAAGACCUGCGUGGAAGGAAGCUCGCGCGACGAUCCAAAAGCUAUUGUCAUUUGAUGAGCCAACAUUACGUGACAAUGGGAGUUUGAGGGAGAAGGCACUUUUUCCAAUGAACAAAGUGCAAAUGCUUCUGCCUAUUGUUAUAGGGGAUUACACAGACUUCUUUUCCUCCAUGCAUCAUGCGAAGAACUGUGGAACCAUAUUUCGUGGACCAGAGAACCCAAUUCCAGCAAACUGGUUCCAUCUCCCUAUUGCAUAUCAUGGACGAGCAUCAUCAAUUGUUAUCUCUGGAACCGAUAUUAUAAGACCCAGAGGUCAAGGUCAUCCAACCGGCAAUUCACCACCGUAUUUUGGACCUUCUCUGAAGCUGGAUUUUGAGCUAGAAAUGGCUGCUGUUAUUGGUCCAGGCAAUGAGUUAGGAAAGCCUGUGGAUGUUAAUGAAGCAGCAGAUCAUAUCUUUGGUCUUGUAUUAAUGAAUGAUUGGAGUGCUAGGGAUAUCCAGGCAUGGGAAUAUGUGCCACUUGGGCCUUUUCUAGGAAAGAGUUUUGGUACAACAAUAUCCCCUUGGAUUGUGACCCUGGAUGCUUUGGAGCCUUUUGCUUGUGAUGCUCCAAAACAGGAGCCCAUUCCGUUGCCAUAUCUCACUGAAAAAAAAUCCAGGAACUAUGACAUUUCUCUAGAGGUUGAGAUCAAACCUACUGGACAGGAACAUUCAUCUGUUGUCACAAGGAGUAACUUUAAACACUUAUACUGGACACUGACUCAACAACUUGCACACCAUACAAUUAAUGGUUGCAACCUGAGGCCUGGGGAUCUUCUUGGAACUGGGACCAUUAGUGGACCGGAACCAGAAUCUCAUGGAUGCCUGCUAGAAUUGACAUGGAAUGGGCAAAGACCACUUUCUCUAAAUGGUUCAACUCGUAAAUUCUUGGAAGAUGGUGAUGAAAUCAUUAUUACUGGUUGUUGCAAGGGAAAUGGUUACAACGUAGGAUUUGGGACAUGUUCAGGAAAGAUUGUUCCAGCUCCUCUUUGAGGAUAUUGUUAUUGGCUUAUUUCUGUUUUAUUGUGGAAAUGUACUUUUAUAUGUGGAAGUAGUUCUAGUCCUUUAGAUGUUCAGUUCCAUAUGUGGCCUGAAAUUGUCAUAAACGAGAAGAUGCCUAUAAAAGUGUUUUUGUUAAAUGUUUAUACUGAGAUCUAUCGUUUUAUUUA